UGUCCAUCGAUACUAUUUCACAUAUAAAUACAAGAUAAAUUACACACGGCGUUGUGUUUAUUCACGCACUCUCACACACAGCCUCCAUCUCUCUACACACUUCUCCCGCUCACUCCCCUCUCUCUUCUCCUUCUCAAUCCUAAAAUGGCCGAAGAAAUUUAUGAAGAACAGCAGUUGAGUAGCAUACCGGAAAUGGGAGGUGUGCCUGAAUUAGGUGGUGUGCCUGAAUUGGGUGGCAUGCCUGAAUUGGGCGUCAUGCCUGAUAUGACUGGUGUUCCUGAAAAGGGCGAUGUUCCUGAAAUGAGUGCUGUUCCAGAAAUGGGUAGUGUACCUGAAAUGGGCGGUGCUCCUGAAAUGGGAGACAUGCCUGAGACUGGCGGCAUUACUGAGACAGCUGAUAUACCUAAUGAUUCCAAUCUACCAGAAGUUCAUGAGGCUGAAAAUGAUAAAAAAAGCGACAAUCCCGUGAAUGAUAGUGAUAAAAAAUGGCCUGGAUGGCCAGGAGAAAAUGUUUUUAGGUUGUUAGUUCCUGUACAAAAGGUUGGCAGUAUCAUUGGACGUAAGGGAGAGUACAUUAAAAAAACUUGCGAAGAAACAAAAGCCCGCAUUAAAAUUCUGGAUGGUCCCCCCGGCACAAAUGAAAGAACUGUUAUGAUAUCUGCCAAGGAGCUGCCAGAUGUCCCCAUUCCUCCUGCCGUAGAUGGUUUGCUGAAAGUGCAUAAGCGUAUCGUUGAUGUUGAUGCUGAUACAGCUCAUUCUCAACCUGGUGCAGCUGGAACAGUUUGUACAAGAAUGCUCGUUGCAGCCACACAGGGUGGAAGCCUGAUUGGAAAGCAGGGUGCCACCAUAAAGUCUAUACAAGAUGCAUCGGGCUGUAUUAUACGAGUUCUCGGAAGAGAAAAUUUGCCAGUUUUUGCUCUUCCCGAUGAUGGUGUCGUUGAGGUUCAGGGAGAAGCUGCAGGAGUACACAAGGCUAUUGAACUGAUUGCAAACCACCUCAGGAAAUUUUUAGUUGAUCGCAGUGUAAUUGGAAUAUUCGAGAUGGAAAUGCAGUCUCCAAAUACUCGUGGAAAUCUGGACAUGCCCCCUCCACAAUAUGGGGGGCCUCAAGGCUUUGGGAUGAACUCCGGUGCUGGACAUGGAUUUCCUCCAAAUCCUCAGUACGCACCACCUCCACGUCAAUUUGACAACUAUUACCCCCCAGCAGACAUGCCUCCUAUUGAAAAGCAACCACGGGCAGGUCGACCAGUAUAUGGUGGCGGUGGGGAUAUGCCUAUGGGUACUCAGCCAAACAUGCAACCACAUCAAUCAAUGGUCACAAAGGUCUCCCAAAACAUGCAAAUUCCACUUACAUAUGCUGAUGCUGUUAUUGGAGCAUCCGGAACAACUAUCAGUUAUAUUAGACGUGCAAGUGGUGCAACUAUUGCAAUUCAGGAAACAAGAGGCGUUCCUGAUGAGAUGACUGUUGAGAUAAAUGGAUCAGCUUCACAAGUUCAAACUGCACAGCAGUUGAUACAGAACUUUAUUGCUGAUGCUGCAAAUGGUGCACAAAAUACUCCUGCGGCACCUGGUCAAGGGUACAACCCUUAUCCCAAUAAUGGACCAGCCUAUCUAUCCCAACAACCAGAAGGUACUGGUCAUGCACCACCUGGAGACUAUGGCUCUGUCUAUGGAAACAAUUACGGAUAUUAGAGUUGAUACAUUAUGUCUUUUGCUGAACCAUACACCCCUUCCAAAGACGAAGAGUUGCUGUCAGUGUUUAGGGAAUCUUGUACUGAGUUAUUAUGACUGGGAAUCCUUCUCUUUGAUUCUUCUAGAUGCUUUCUGAUAAACUUUGUUUUAACCAAUGAUUCAAGUUUUCAUGGUACUUCAAGAAUUAAGUUUGUCCUGUUUUUUAGACCUGUA